GUCGCCAUUGCAUUCAUUCUGCACAAAACAGAUUUCAACGCGAAUACUAUAACUGUUUUCACCACUGAAUUGUUCUGCAAUAUAUUUAAAGAAUGCAUUAAUGACUACUAAACUGGGAAUUCGAGAAGAUGAUGAUAUAAUCUUGGCUUAGUUUCCAAGAUGGAUCGAGCUUUGGCACCUUCUCACGCUCCGGACAAAUACGCCUACUGUGAGUGGGUGAGUUGUGAGGCCUACCUCGGCCACCAAACCCUCAAGGACACCGACUGCCGAUCACCCGAAGACCUUGCCCGACUAGCAGCAGACCUUUACCGUCAGCAUCUUCUACGAGGGCGCCAAAGCGGGCGAGAAGUCUACACCCGGGUCAUUCCGCAGAAUAUCCGACUACGCGUAACAACUCAAAUCGACGACGGCAGCCGAGAGGACAUCCUUGAUCAGGAGUUCGAUACUGUCAACAUCGCCAGGUGCUCCACCGGUCAUGACCCAUUUCCGCAUGUCGUGGUCUUCGUACACUGCAUCGGCGUCAUCGCGUCGCAAGGAGACGACGUCGAGCGUCGACGGGAUGGAGGUACAUCCACAUCCGAGCCUCAUCUUGAGAUGCGUUGCCAUGGUAUCGCUUGCGCCAACCCCUGGAUCGCAUCCCGUCUUGCCAGGACGAUAUCCUCAGCGUUCGAAGACUCGAGGACGCUGCCCAUGCAGCCGCAGGCCGUGUUUCUGCCACAGGGGAUGCAACAGAGCAGGAAGAUCAGUCGGAACACUGUGAGUACCAUAGCAGCUCCUCCUGCUUACCAAUCAACAGCUCAAACCUUCGAUCCGUCCAGAGGAAGUAGCCCUCGGGAUCCCUUGGGCGCCGCAGGACAUCACCAGACGCGUCGAAAGGAUGAGAAGAAGGGUCUUCCCGAAGUGGGUGCUUGGUAAAACCAGGCCCAC